UCUUUAAUUGCCUACAAAUCUCUCCUCAUUGAAAUAGGUGUGUUUAUUGUUGCUGCUAAGCGAACACCCUUCGGAGCUUAUGGAGGUCUUCUGAAAGACUUCUCAGCUGUGGACUUGACUGAAUUUGCUGCCAGGGCUGCCUUGGCUGCUGGCAAAGUACCGCCUGAGACUAUUGACAGUGUCAUCGUAGGCAAUGUCGUACAGAGUUCUUCAGAUACUGUAUACUUGGCAAGGCACGUUGGUUUGCGUGUGGGAGUCCCAAAGGAAACCCCAGCUCUCACUCUUAAUAGGCUCUGUGGCUCUGGUUUCCAGUCCAUUGUGAGCGGAUGUCAGGAUAUUUGUGUUAAAGAUGCUGAAGUUGUCUUGUGUGGAGGAACUGAAAGCAUGAGCCAGCUUCCCUUCUGUGUCAGAAAUGUGCGUUUUGGAACCCGUUUCGGAUCAGAUCUCAAGCUGGAAGAUUCUUUGUGGGCAGCAUUAACAGAUCAGCAUGUCCAGCUCCCCAUGGGAAUUACUGCAGAGAAUCUUGCUGCAAAAUAUAAAAUAAGCAGAGAAGACUGUGACAAAUAUGCCCUGCAGUCACAGCAGAGGUGGAAAGCUGCUAAUGAUGCUGGCCGCUUUAACAACGAGAUGGUACCAGUUGAGGUGAAGACAAGGAAAGGAAAACAGACAGUGCAAGUAGAUGAGUGUGUUCGGCCCCAAGUAACCCUGGAACAGUUAAAUAAACUUGCCCCGGUAUUCAAGAAAGAAGGAACCGUUACUGCAGGCAACGCGUCGGGGAUAUCUGAUGGUGCUGGAGCUGUUAUCAUAGCUAGUGAAGAUGCUAUUAAAAAACAUAACUUCACACCACUAGCAAGAGUUGUGGGCUAUUUUGUGUCUGGAUGUGAUCCCUCUAUCAUGGGUAUUGGUCCUGUCUCUGCUAUCAAUGGGGCACUGAAGAAAACAGGACUGAGUCUUAAGGACAUGGAUUUGGUAGAGGUAAAUGAAGCUUUUGCUCCCCAGUACUUGGCUGUUGAGAAGAGUUUGGAUCUUGAUCCAAGUAAAACCAAUGUAAAUGGAGGAGCCAUUGCUUUGGGUCAUCCGUUGGGAGCCUCUGGAUCAAGAAUUACCGCACACCUGGUUCAUGAAUUAAGGCGUCGAGGUGGAAAAUAUGCUGUUGGAUCGGCUUGCAUUGGAGGCGGCCAAGGCAUUGCAGUCAUCAUUCAGAGUAUGGCCUAAGGAGAGCAUGGAGCCUGCCAUGGCCCACUCUUUACUUGGGCAGGCGACAGAGAACCAGUGACCUUCAGAGCACCACAAAACUGGCCAUCCCCUGCUGCUAAAAGUGAUUGAGUGUCAUCAUAGGAUGAUGCGGCAAAGAUGCAUUUUUCAUGAGUAAGAGCACAUGCCAGAAUAAGUUCUCUCAGAUUUCCACCAAAUAUGCUGAUUUUUAAACUAAAAUCCAAAUAUAAAAGACCUUAAAAGGAAUUGUAUCCUUGCUAAAUAACUACCACAAUGCCUUAGAAAUUGAAUAAAUAUUGCCUUAAACUCGA